ACUUGGGAGCAGUGGCUUUGAUCUCCUGCUGUUAACCCCCGUUCCUCCACCUGAAGAACCUUUGAUCCGCGAUGUCUCCUCUCGCCCGGUGGCUCCGCAGCGGACCCGCGGGCUUCGGGCAGCUGUGGCGCCGCAGACACUCGGGACAGUUCGUCCGUUUGUCUUCGGACUCGAACUUGUUGCGCUGCAGCUCGUCCGCCGCGUCCCCCCCGAACACACAGCGUCCGACCCGCAGCGGCUCCAGGGGCCUCACCGGCUCUGCCAGGACCGAACCGGUCCGGAUCGGCUGUGCCUCCGGGUUCUGGGGGGACACAGCGACCUCAGUGCCUCAGCUGAUCUACAGCGGGAAGCUGGACUUCCUGGUUUUCGACUACCUCAGUGAGAUCACCAUGUCUCUGCUCACCGCCGCUAAGACCAAGAUGCCUAAUCUGGGCUACGCUCCGGAUUUCGUCCACGUCGCUCUGGCUCCGUUCAUUAAUGACAUCCACAGGAAAGGUAUCCGUGUGGUCAGUAACGCAGGAGGCGUGAACCCUCUGGCCUGCGCCGAGGCCAUACAGGAAGUCAUCAAGAAGGCCGGCCUCGACCUUAAGGUGGCUGUGGUUACCGGCGAUGACCUCAUGCCCCAAAGAAGCAGCCUCACUGAGGUAAAGAUGGCCGGUGACGGCAGCAGACAGCGGCUACCGAAGACGCUCCACAGCAUGAACGCUUAUCUCGGAGCUGGUCCGAUCCGGCGCUGUCUGGAUCUCGGGGCCGACAUCGUGGUGACGGGACGCUGCGUGGACAGCGCGGUGGCUCUGGGGCCGCUCAUGCACACCUUUGGCUGGCAGAGGGACGACUUUGACCUACUUGCAGCUGGGAGUCUUGCAGGUCACCUGAUCGAGUGUGGUGCUCAGAGUACAGGAGGGAUCUUCACAGACUGGCACAAAGUUCCUGACUGGGACAACAUGGGUUUCCCGGUGGUCGAGUGCUCGAGGGACGGCUCCUUCGUUCUCUCCAAACCGCCCAAAACCGGCGGCCUGGUCUCCUUCGGCACGGUGGCCGAGCAGCUGGUGUAUGAGAUCGGUGACCCACGGCGUUACCUGCUGCCCGACGUCAUCUGUGACUUCAGCCAGGUGUCGAUCAAGGAGAUACCAGGUGUGGAGGGAGGGGCUGUCAAAGUGACCGGUGCUAAAGGCUUCACUCCGUCAAAUGACUACAAGGUGUGUGCGACCUACAUGGACGGCUUCAGGGCGACGGCGGUGUGUCCAGUGGGAGGGCCGAGGGCCACGGAGAAGGCCAGACGGACGGCGGACACCAUCAUCAAACGCACGAAGCGGAUGUUCAAGCAGCUGGGAAUGGAAGAUUUCAGCUCCGUCAACGUCCAGGUCCUGGGAGCUGAGGACACUUAUGGUCCCAACGCUGACACCAAGGGCUCCAGAGAGGCAGUGAUUUGGAUGGCCGUCUCCCACAAACAGAAGAAGGCUCUGGAACUUUUUGCCAGAGAGGUAGCUCCUGCAGGGACCGGCAUGGCUCCGGGACUCACGGGCAUCGUGGGCGGACGUCCUCGAGUGUCUCCUGUUCUCAAGCCGUUCUUCUUCCUGCACCCGAAAUCUGAACUCAAGGCCGACAUUCACGUUGAUGGACAGUUGGUGGAGACGCUUUCAGAGGCGGAGCUAGACAAACCUGAGCUGGAGGCCCCUCCCACCACAGAGGACGACGCACCUGAGAGAGACCUGCCCAGUGGACGAUACAGCUACAGACUGGAGGAACUGGCCUACACGAGGAGCGGAGACAAAGGAGACUCAGCCAACAUCGGCGUCGUCGCUCGUCAUCCUCUUUUCUUCCCGUACCUGAAGAAACACCUGACGUCCUCCGUGGUGGAGGAAUACUUCUCUCACCUCCUUCAGCCGGGAGUCGCCAACGCUGUCACACGAUUCACGCUGCCGGGGAUCCAUGGCCUCAACUUUGUGUUGCAGAGUUCACUGGGCGGGGGAGGGGUGGCGUCCCUGCGCAGUGAUCCCCAGGGUAAAGCCUUCGGUCAGAUGCUGCUGGACGUGAAGCUGAGGGGGCUGCCCGACCUCAAGUCACUGGUGGACUGAGAGACGUCCACGAGCGGUGAAGAAGAAGAUCCCAGCAGGAGAGGAAGACGUACGUGAGACACAGGAUCAUUCACAAUCACGUACGAGAGAAACUGACCCAAUCAAGAAGAAGAAGGUUUAGUUUAUACUGCGCAGUUUAACACCAAACAGCGAAUCCAGUCCGUUUUAUUCACACACAUUUGCUUCUGACGGUUUUAGGAUCUGUACAACAUUUGAGAUUUGGCACAGAUUCACAGGAUUUUUAACCACAAUGACAAACAAAAGGGUGACGUCCAGGAAACUGUCAAAUACGCCGCCACCACACCAUAAAUAUUUUUAUGAGGGAAGCUUGAAUGUUCAGAUUCGACCUUGGAACGAGCGGUUUAAGAACAAAUGUGGGGUCCGUGAUGGGAUGUGGCUGAGAGCUCUGUGGUAAAAGUUUAAAGAGGCUUCAGUUCACCAGGAGCAACCGGGAGAGCUACAGUUGUUCUCUCACACAUCUCAAUUCAAAAAGAGACACAACCGACCUCCGCUGCUACACAACUCAAAAGAAGAAGUCUCCAACGAGUGAUCGCAGCCUUCGUUUGAUUUUAGUCAAAUCAAAUAAUUUUCAUCUUCUCUUUGUCUCAUGACAGUAAACUGAAUACCUUUUCUAUUCUAAACUAAUAAUCAAUUAAUCAAGAAAAUAACCAAUCGAUUGAAUCAGUGAUGAAAAUGGCCGCUGCAGUAGUUCAAAGCUCCGGAGCAGGAAGACGAGGUUUCUCAACUACUUCUUUCCAAACUUUAAAAUGUAAAUCCACUGCUGAGGACCAUGUAAUGUGGUUAAAAGUUCCAAAACAUCUAUUAAACGGCCCUUGAGGUGAAGAUGGUUUUGUCAACCGACAAUUAUUUUGUCAGGAUUUGAUCUUUGUAUUGAAAAAUGGUUGUUAACUGCGUAUGAAUCACAGGAUCCAACUUCCAACCCCUCUGAGCAGAAUGGUAAAUGGCUGCCUGUCGCCAUCGCCAGCAUGUCGAGGGUUUUCCAGCCCAGAGGGGGACAUGAUGAUGAUCUGGGUUUAAACUCCUCGCCAGCUUCAGGGAAAUUGCCCCUGACCCUCCUACUUCCCUCCGACGGGGAGUGGUGGUUUGGCUUUCCCUCGGAGGGUAAACAAAGUAUCCGCCCGGGCAGCGAGACGCUCCGGUCAGAUAUCAGAGGAGACACAUGCUCGCAGGCCUCACGUGGAACGGGCCCGGCGCCUGGUUUCCCCACGGCGCGUUCACCUCAACGCGACCGGGCUCCAGUGUUCGCCGCCCCGCAGGAAUGUGAGUCUCCUUCCACCAAACCGACUCUGUGGCCUCUGGUCUGUUUAUCUAUAAUUGCAAACAGGCUGAAGCUGCAGACAGAGUCGCUGCAGAGCUUCUGUCAUGGAUAGAAACUCAUCUCACCCACCUCCUCUGAAUCAUUCUCUCCCUUCCCCAAAUCCUCCUCCUCCUCAUGCUGCUGCACUUUUCUCUCAUCAGCUAAAAUGUGGAACGUCUCCUCUUCCUCUUUUCCUCUUUGGAUUCUUAACCUCUCUCGGAUGUGUCCCCGACCUUUGACCUUCUCUGGUU